AUGACUACAGUCGAAACCCAGCUCCAGGGGGUGUCCAUCCUCGGAACUGUCAACAACGAACAUCGCAAGAUCUUGACCAAGGAGGCCGUUGCUUUCCUUGCACUCUUGCACCGCACAUUCAACAGCACCCGCAAGUCUCUGCUCGAACGACGAAUUGCCCGUCAGGCCGAGAUUGACCGCGGCCAUCUUCUCGACUUUUUGCCGGAGACUAAGCAUAUUCGUGAAAACGAUGCCUGGAAGGGAGCUCCUCCUGCUCCAGGAUUGGUGGAUCGUCGUGUUGAGAUUACAGGACCAACUGACCGAAAAAUGGUGGUGAAUGCGUUGAAUUCGGAUGUGUGGACUUAUAUGGCUGAUUUUGAGGACUCCUCGGCUCCCACGUGGGACAACAUGAUCAAUGGCCAGGUUAACCUCUACGACGCCAUUCGCCGUCAAAUCGACUUCAAGAUUGGAAACAAAGAGUACAAACUUCGCACAGACCGAACACUCCCAACAUUGAUUGCCCGUGCUCGUGGCUGGCAUUUGGAGGAGAAGCAUUUCACAGUCGAUGGCGAGCCCAUGUCCGGUUCUCUCUUUGACUUUGGUCUAUACUUCUUCCACAAUGCGCGCGAGCUCAUCGCCCGAGGCACCGGUCCUUACUUCUACCUUCCCAAGAUGGAGUCUCAUUUGGAGGCUCGUCUGUGGAAUGAUGUCUUUAACUUGGCGCAGGACUACGUUGGUCUGCCACGCGGAACUAUUCGUGCCACGGUCUUGAUUGAGACCAUCACCGCUGCGUUUGAGAUGGACGAGAUCAUCUACGAGCUCCGUGACCACAGCUCCGGUCUCAACUGUGGUCGUUGGGAUUAUAUCUUCAGUUUUAUCAAGAAGUUCCGUCAGAAUCCCAACUUUGUGCUUCCCGACCGUUCUGCGGUUACCAUGACUGUGCCGUUUAUGGAUGCCUACGUCCGCCUUUUGAUCAAGACUUGCCAUCGCCGAGGUGUCCACGCCAUGGGUGGUAUGGCCGCCCAAAUCCCUAUCAAGGACGACCCACAGGCCAACAAUAUCGCUAUGGAGAACGUCCGCAAGGACAAGCUUCGCGAAGUUCGUGCUGGUCACGAUGGUACAUGGGUUGCUCACCCCGCCUUGGCCUCCAUUGCCUCUGAGGUGUUCAACAAGCACAUGCCUACUCCUAACCAGUUGUUUAACCGUCGCGAAGAUGUCAAUGUCGCUGCAAAUGAUCUCUUGAACACCAACGUUCCGGGUUCUAUCACCGAAGCAGGAAUCAGAAAGAACCUCAACAUUGGUCUGGGAUACAUGGAGGGCUGGCUCCGAGGCGUCGGCUGCAUUCCCAUCAACUACCUCAUGGAAGAUGCCGCCACUGCUGAAGUCUCCCGCAGUCAACUCUGGCAAUGGGUCCGCCACAAUGUCACCACCGCCGAAGGCAAACGCAUUGACAAGGCCUACGCUCUUCGCUUGCUCGAAGAGCAAGCCGAGGCACUCGCCUCCAAGGCACCCAAGGGCAACAAAUAUCAGCUUGCCGCUAGAUAUUUCGCGACUCAGGUCACUGGUGAAGAUUAUGCAGAUUUCUUGACUUCGUUGUUGUACAACGAGAUUUCGUCUCCGGGAAAUGCUGCUAAGCUUUGA